UCGUUCCUUGUUCUGUCCGAGAGUUCGUAUUCCCAAAAUCUUUUCUUCGAUUACGAUACCGCAUACCUGCGGCUGCGGCCCUUCUCAGCGGGGCUCCGUGCCCGUGCCGGCCCUCCCGCCCCCGGCCGCCCCUCGCGUCACUCCGGCCCGAGCCGUCGACGCACGAGCACGUCUGCGCUGAGCCGCGCCGCGCGCGUAAACAUUCCCGACUACAAUGAAAACAUUCUAACUGGUCUUCCACCAUGAAGUGCUUCGCGAUUCUCUUAGUGACUGUGGUGACCGGGGCCGCCUCCGAGGCCUCCGUGCGGACAUGUGAACCUAUCAAAGUGGCGAUGUGCAAGAAUAUAGGGUACAAUCAGACCGGCAUGCCGAACUUGGCGCGACACACGUUGCAGGCGGACGCCGAUGUGACACUCCAGACCUUCAGCCCGCUCGUGCAGUACGGCUGCUCCUCGCAGCUUCACCUGUUCCUGUGUGCGGUAUACGUGCCGAUGUGUACGGACAAAGUCGCGCUUCCCAUCGGCCCGUGCCGAGGGCUCUGCGAGAGCGUCUACUCCCGCUGCUACCCCGUGCUGAGAGGGUUCGGCUUCCCCUGGCCGGCCGAGCUGGACUGCAGCCUGUUCCCCGCCGAGAAUAAUCACGAGCACAUGUGCAUGGAGGGUCCCGGGGAGCGCGCGCCGCCCGUCGGUGCGAUCCCGGACUCCGGGAUGGGCGGCCCGGCCGGGCGCGGCGCGUGCCGCCGGCUCAUCAAGCCGAACAGCUGGGUGUGGGUGCGCGGCUCCGGGCGCUGCGCUCAGUUCUGCGACGCCGAAGUGUUGUGGGAGAGCGGCGAGCGGCGGGCGGCCGAGGUGUGGCUGGCGACAUGGGCGGCGCUGAGCUUCGCGUGCACGCUGGCGGCCGUGGGCGCCCAGCUGGCGUGCGGCGAGCGCGGCGGCGCCGGCGAGCGGGCGCUGGUGCUGGUGGCGCUGUGCCGGUGCGCGGCGGCGGCGGGCUGGGGCGUGCGCGCGGCCGCCGGGCGCGCGGCCGCGGGCUGCGCCAAGGACUCGACGUCGCCGGCGCGCCUGCUGCUGGCGCACGACGGGCUCGCCAACCCCAACUGCGCAGUCGUCUUCCUCCUGCUCUACUACUUCGGUCUUGCUGCAUCUGUUUGGUGGGUAGUGGUAGCAGGCGCGUGGCGCGCGAGCGUGCUGCGCCCGCCGACCGGCACGGGCCGCGGCGACCACUCCUCGCUGCUGCAGCUGGCCGCGUGGGGCGUGCCCGCGGCGCUGGCCGCCGCCGUGCUCGUCACCAGGGACGUCGACGCUGAUGAACUCACUGGUACUUGUUUCGUUGGGAACCAGUCGAGUAAAUCUCUAUUGGCGCUGGUGAUCAUCCCGGAGGCAAUCUGCCUACUUCUGGGUUGCGUUUUCCUGUCGUCGGGACUGCGGGCGGUGCUGCGGCGGCCGGCGCCGGUGCCCGCUCCAUCUGCUCUGCUGAAUGCGCCUCCUCAGCCGCAUACGGACCAGAGUGUGUUAAGACUUGGAGCGUUCGCAGCGCUAUACGCGGUGCCAUCGGCUUGUAUACUCGCUACAUGGGUGUACGAGUACGCAUGGAGGGACGAAUGGCUUUCCACGCCUAUGCCGUCUUCGGAACCGUCGACGCACGCGCGGCCGGCGUUCUGGGUGUUUCUGUUCCGGAUUUUCGCGUCGCAGAUACUAGGGGUGAUGGUUGCUGUGUGGAUCGCGACGCCGCGGCUGAAGGCGCUGUGGCGGCGGCUCAGCGGGCCGCAGAAGCCGGCGGCGAGCAAGUGCCCGCCGGGGCCGCCGCCGACGCCGAUGACGCUGCACUGCUACGCGGCGCACGCGCACACGCUGCCGCGGCACACGCACAAGUACGCCACGUACCGCCCGCCGCAGCAGCACUCCUACAGGAAACCGCGGCACUACCACUAUUCGGCGGGUGAAACGAUUCUUUGACCGCGGAAAUGUGAACGAUUUUGGACGUUACUCGUUAUUAAGGGUGCCUUUCGUAUGCAUUUACUUUACUGUUAUAAGUGUAGAUAUUAGAUAGAUACGACGAAUAAAGUAGGUUGAUAUGAUUGUGUACCUAGGUAAGCGAUAGGUCUGUAAAAUUCAUAAGUGCCAUUGAAGCUUAAUCUUAAUGCAUAAUAUUUAUAAUUAAAAAAUAAUAUAAAUAAGGACGACAAACAUCAGUAAUAAUUGCUUGAUUAAAAUUGAAAUUGUUAUUGACAAAUUUAAUUUAUUUUAAAUAAAGUUUCGAAGGAAAUAAGUGCC